AUGAGCCACAGCUAUCUCUACGUAUACCUUCUCCUGGUCACGAAAGUGUUUGGGCGCUUGGGCUUUCAUCAACUGGAAAUGGACAUGUUGGUAGCGGUCGCUGGUGCAUACAUCCGACACGUGCCUGAGAAUAUGCUGACUAAGCUCGAACGCGUAUUGUCAGACUACAACCACGACACGAAACGACACCAGACAUGCCUAGUAUUGACGAAGAAGUCGAGUCCCUCAAGAGAGAUCAAGAGAUUGGGUACGAAACCAGCAGAUGGUCAGCCUGGAAUUGCAGUGGUAAAGUUUGGUAAACUCGUAAGAGACGAGAAAGCCAGUAAUAUCUUCGAGGCUCUGAAUGGUACGCUACGUGCCGCCAAACGCAAGGGAGUGGUCACCUUUGAGGGUCAGAUGUUGUUGCAAGGAGCCCAUGAUAAUAUUGAUGUUAUCCUGCUUCAAGAUGAAGAAGAACAAGCUGAUCCAUCUACGAGCUCUGUCAAUGAGCAAACACCUCUCCUUGCCACCCACCAGGUGAAAACUCACCGCCUACUCGGCAUCCAAGUCCCACUAUGGCUUCCACGACGCUAUAUUGCCGUAAUCAUCGCUUUUGUCGGCAUGAUGACUGUGCUACUCGUAUCUGUUCUAUUUAUUGAUCCUAUAUGGAGACGACAGCAAAGUGUAUUUAUGAACAACGGCACACACGACUUUCGGAAGACAGUCGUGGUCAUCUCCUUCGAUGGAUUCAGAGCUGACUACCUUCACCGCGGCUUGACUCCCAACCUCCUUGCCACCGGGGAUAGUGGACUUCGUGCUCGCUGGUUACAACCAUCAUAUCCGUCUCUUACUUUCCCUAACCAUUGGUCGAUAAUGACUGGUUUAUUCCCGGAAUCGCACGGUAUUAUUGCCAACGAGUUCAUCGAACCCGAGACGGGCGAGCACUUUUUCUAUCAACACCCGGAUGAGAGCUGGAAUGCCAGCUGGUGGGGCGGAGAGCCUAUGUGGGAGACCGCUGUCAAGGCAGGGAUGAAAACAGCGAACCUCAUGUGGCCCGGGCCACCCGUCACUCGCAACGGCAAUAAGCCCACUUACUUUAUCCCCUUUCGGAAAGACAAUAUAACCCUGCAAGAAAAGGUAGAUCAGAUCCUUGCGUGGAUAGACUUGCCUUUUGAUGACAGGCCACAACUCAUCAACAUGUAUGAGCCUCUAAUUGACGAUGUGGGGCACCACAACGGCCCUGACUCACCUGAGAUGACGGAUGCACUAAUGAACAUUGAUGUUUUCGCUCAUUCCGUACGCUCUGGCUUGAGCUCGCGCAACCUAUCUUCAAUUGUCGACGUCAUUUUCCUGAGUGACCACGGUAUGGCUCCUACACAUGAUCGCAAAUGGAUCUACCUAGACGAUAUACUUGGCGAAGAAGGCGCAAAUGAGAUUGACUGGAAACUGGGCCAACCAAGUGCCGGCCUGUGGUUCCACCCGGGUGCAAACACGACCAGGCAUUUGAGGAAGCUUCACAAAGCCUCUGCAAAACCACCCCAUAACUUCAAGGUUUACACUGCGACGAGCGACGUUUGGCCCAAUGUCUAUAAAGGGGUACAUAUCCCUCCUGAGCUACAAAACCCGUUCCCAGCCAACAAGCAUUUCUCCCCCGACCAUAACUCGCGCAUUCCGCCAGUUUAUGUCGUUCCCGAAUUAGGAUGGUCGGUCACGUGGCACCGGGAAAAGGAUCCUUGGUACUCGAAUGGAGACCACGGAUACGACAACGAACAUCCCCUAAUGCGAGCAAUGUUCAUUGCCAGCGGUCCAUUCACAGACCGUGUCCGAGCUCAGGUUUUUGCUCAGGCCCAAUCUCAGCCAGCGGUUACUCCGACACCCAACCGCUUCGCACGAUCUUCCCCUGCACCCGCGAUUUAUAUUCCCGAAACCAUUAACAAGACGUCCAAGCCGCCCAUCUAUGUACCCCCGCGAGGAGGUGGACACGGCCCCGUCUUGAUCGACAAGUUCCAGAACGUCGAGGUGUACGGACUUGUGAUGCGCCUACUUGGCAUCCGCGCUUAUGCUGCUCAAACGAAUGGUACAGACGGGUUUUGGGACGAGUGGUUUGAUCGGUUUUGA